UGCCACAGUAGCUGACUGGUCACCCUGGCACCCAGCGCUCACACCCUCUGGCAAGUGCCUGGCUAUGGCCCGACUGCUCCGGGCUGCAACCUGGGGGCUGUUCCCCUGGAGGGGCUACUGCUCCCAGAAGGCAAAGGGCGAGCUCUGCAGGGACUUCGUAGAGGCUCUGAAGGCCGUGGUGGGCGGCUCCCACGUGUCCACUGCCACGGUGGUCCGAGAGCAGCACGGCCACGAUGAGUCAGUGCACAGGUGCGAACCUCCCGAUGCUGUGGUGUGGCCCCAGAACGUGGAGCAGGUCAGCCGGCUGGCAGCCCUGUGCUACCGCCAAGGUGUGCCCAUUAUCCCAUUCGGCACCGGCACCGGGCUUGAGGGUGGCGUCUGCGCUGUGCAGGGCGGCGUCUGCGUUAACCUGACGCAUAUGGACCGAAUCCUGGAGCUGAACCUGGAGGACUUCUCUGUGGUGGUGGAGCCGGGCGUCACCCGCAAAGCUCUCAACGUCCACCUGCGGGAUAGCGGCCUCUGGUUUCCCGUUGACCCAGGUGCGGACGCCUCUCUCUGUGGCAUGGCGGCCACCGGGGCAUCGGGCACCAACGCGGUUCGCUACGGCACCAUGCGGGACAACGUGCUCAACCUGGAGGUGGUGCUGCCCGACGGGCGGCUGCUGCACACGGCGGGCCAAGGCCGGCAUUUCCGGAAGAGUGCAGCCGGCUACAACCUCACUGGGCUGUUCGUGGGCUCUGAGGGGACGCUGGGCCUCAUCACAGCCACCACCCUGCGCCUGCACCCUGCCCCUGAGGCCAUAGUGGCCGCCACGUGUGCGUUCCCCAGUGUCCAGGCUGCUGUGGACAGCACUGUACAUAUCCUCCAGGCUGCAGUGCCCGUAGCCCGCAUUGAGUUCCUGGAUGAAGUCAUGAUGGAUGCCUGCAACAGGUACAGCAAGCUGAAUUGCUCAGUGGCACCCACACUCUUCCUGGAGUUCCAUGGCUCCCAGCAGGCACUGGAGGAGCAGCUGCAAUGCACACAGGAGAUAGUCCAGCAGAACGGAGCCUCCGACUUCUCCUGGGCCAAGGCGGCCGAAGAGCGUAGCCAGCUUUGGACAGCACGGCACAAUGCCUGGUACGCAGCCGUGGCCAUGCGGCCAGGCUGCAAGGGAUACUCCACGGACGUGUGUGUGCCCAUCUCCCGGCUGCCGGAGAUCCUGGUGCAGACCAAGGAGGAUCUGAACGCCUCAGGACUCACAGGAAGCAUUGUUGGGCAUGUGGGUGACGGCAACUUCCACUGCAUCCUGCUGGUCAACCCUGAUGAUGCUGAGGAACUGCACAGGGUCAAGGCUUUUGCAGAACAGCUGGGCAGGCGGGCACUGGCCCUCCACGGAACGUGCACGGGGGAGCAUGGCAUCGGACUGGGCAAGCGGCAGCUGCUGCGGGAGGAGGUGGGCGCCGUGGGCGUGGAGACCAUGCGGCAGCUCAAGGCUGUGCUAGACCCUCAAGGCCUCAUGAACCCGGGCAAAGUGCUGUGAGGGGCUCUGAGCACUUAGCCCACAAGUUCCCAGACUACGGAGCCCCUGUUCUGGAACUUUUCUUCAUGCCACGGCCCCUGCAAGGGAAUAGACAGCAGCUGACAGUCUUGCUGCCAGCGAGCCCACUGUAUCUGGGCCCAAGGUCAGAGGGCCGAGAGAGAUGCCUGAGCACCGUGUUACUCCCCGUCCUUCUGGCUGGCUCCAGGAGCCUUUGGUUCAGUAAACCACCCCGCAAAGCUGCUUCCUCUCUGCUCCUACGCAUCCUGUCCUGGCUGGAAGAGACCAUCUGGGUCCACUCAAGACUCUGAUGACACCCCUCCCCUGAGGCCUCCCACGGCUGGGGUCCCAGGACCCUUCCCCCUUCACCUGGUGACAAGCACUCCUUUCCUGGUAUGGGACGUGAGCCCCCGUGCCAUGCUGGUAGGUCUUCUCCUUGGAGCCUCCCCCAGUAAAUCUGGCAUCAACCUGAAACCCCCCUGCAGCUA